UGGUCAUGUUUUAUUAAUGUGUUGCAUUUAGGUUUGACUAGCUAUCCGUUUGUAGAAUUGAGGUUUAGUGGCGGUCACAGCUUUUGUAUUUGUUGCUGAUAACAAUUAACAAUUGAUUAUUGUUCAAUUCUGUAUAUCCCCAUUCAUCUUCUCAUCCUUGGUGAAAUUAAUGCCAGUCUUGGGUGCAUUUAUAUGUGCCCAAGCCUCCCUGAUACCAUGUCAGUGGAGAAUUCACUUUGAAAAAAAUAGAAAGUGGGUCCAAAUUAUUCUCAAAGUUGGAUAUUACACUAUAAGAAUUGAACCAUAAUUUCUUGUGCACAAUCCAGAAGUCCCAAAAUACUCGUGAUGCAUCUUCUCUACAUCAACUAAGAGAUUAUUAAUCUCAAUCAAAUAGGAUUAGCCCUUCAUUAUGUGCUGGAGCCUGACUUCUUACCUAACUUUUGCCUCCUAAUUGUGCAAGUGAAUUUCUGCAAAAAACAACAGAAAAACAGAGGCAAAAACUUAAAAUAUGAAUGCAAAUCACCAAGGCUGCCAGUAGCUGCAGUUUUGCAAUCAAACAUACAGUAAAUGGUUUUGUUUAAUUUUGAGACUGGUUCAAUGAAAUUUACUUACCACAUCAUAUGGCAGAUCUUCUCAAUUGUCACAGAUAGGCACAAACUUUAAAAGCUAACACAAUGUGCAACAACAUUAGAUGGUAUAGCCAUGCAAAUUUUCAAUGAAUUAGAACAGUUAAACGUCUUUCCUUGGGAAAAAAAUUUGGUAAGAGUCUUAGAGAUAUGCUGGCUUAAUAGUGGCUCCAUCUCCAAGUGAAACAGCCCAAAUCCAACAUAAUAGAGCCGCUGCUGAAAUGAGAGGAAAAGAAGUAGAAUCCCUGUGGGAGGAAGUGAGGGAGGUCAGCCUAGGAAACUCCGUGGACCGCCUCCACUCUCGACCCACCCCUAUCCAGUUCCUCAGAGACUUUGUGUCCCAAAACAAACCCUGCAUAAUCUCCAACGCCAUCUCUCACUGGCCAGGCCUUUCCCUUUGGCCCGCCCCUUCCUACCUCUCCACUGCCCUCUCCUCCUCUCUUGUCUCCCUCCAUCUCACUCCCGAUGGAUAUGCUGACGCCCUCGUCCCCCACCCUUUGCACCCUUCUCUCUGCUUCGUCUCAGCCCAUGUCCAACCCACCCCUUUCCCUCAAGCCCUCAACCUCAUCUGUCAGCCACCCAAUCACUUGGUAGCAUAUUUGCAGCAGCAAAACGACUGCUUCAGGACUGAGUAUCGGGAACUCGAGUCCGACUGCGAUGGCCAUAUUCCAUGGGCUUCUGAGGCCUUAGGUUGCCUUCCGGAGGCCGUCAAUCUCUGGAUUGGAAACCAUCUGUCCCAGACUUCUUUCCAUAAAGACCAUUACGAGAAUUUGUACGCCGUCGUCUCGGGGGAGAAGCAUUUUUUGCUACUCCCACCUACUGACGUUCACCGGAUGUAUAUUAGGGAAUACCCAGCAGCUCGGUACUCAUAUUCCGAGGAGAGUGGAGAGUUUCGUUUGGAGCUUGAAGAACCGGUGAGAUACGUGCCAUGGAGUAGUGUCAAUCCUUACCCAGCAACGGGGAAUGAGGAGCAGGAGAGGUCGAAAUUUCCAUUGUAUUUUAAUGGGCCUAAGCCAUUUGAGGUUACCGUCAAGGCUGGAGAAGUUCUCUACUUGCCAAGUAUGUGGUUUCAUCAUGUUAGACAGCGUCCGGGAGACGGAGGAUACACGAUUGCUGUAAAUUACUGGUAUGACAUGCAAUUUGAUAUCAAAUAUGCAUACUUCAACUUCUUGCAAUCACUUCCUUACCAAUCAACUGAUGAUCCAACGAUACCAGAGAGUGAAUGUGAGGAUUCAGGACCUUAUGCAUCUCCCAAACAUUUAAACAGUAGAUUCUACAGUGAUGAAUCUGAAACAAACAAUGUGGAGGAGGUCAAUAAAGACCAUGGGAAUGUAUAAGUACUGACCUUUCAUUCUUGAUAGUAGGUUUGUGUGAUUCUUUGAGGCAGGGAACUUGAGAAAUCUCAGGGACCAUGAGAACUGCUGCCUGCCGUCAACAUGACCACAAUUUUGAUAGAGUCUCAAGAGAACUGCAGUGUGCUUCUGCUACCUGAAAAUGAUGGCAACAUUAGAGAACCUUAGAAACUUUUUUGAGUUGGGCCUGAUGUCCUCAACUGAACAUAUUCGUAGUCUGGUAGAUGAUGAAACUCACGUUCAUAUGGACGUGUAGCUAUGGUUGGUAUCAGCAUGCAAUUGUUCAGGGCAUUUUACUCACAGAGAAACGUGUGAAGUUGCUUUGGAUUUUGUUUAUGUGAAACAUUUUCGAGAA